GCAAGGUUUAAACGUUAGGUCCUUUUGAAAUGUGCCCGCCCUUUCGUUUCAACGACCUUGAACGGCUUGACUAGAGGCGGUCAUUCCGUAUUUCAAUUGCCGUGGGUUGGUUGGAUUGCAUGAGUACCAAGUUUUUUCAUAUAUAAGUCAUGUUAUGCUACAUAAAAAAGCACGAAAUAAAUACCAAAACCAUUAAUUUAGCGUUCUCUGUUUUGUAGUGUACACGUUGGCUCUGUUGUUGCUUUGUAAUUUGAUCUUUGAUCCCAACAACUGUAGUAAAGCUCAACGAAAUGUCAAGUCACAGGUAAAUCCUAAGUAUUUGUAGUAUUUUCUUGGGUUAUUAUUGUCGCAAGGAAUAACCUUUUAAUAAUUAGUCAUUUCUGUUUUUAGUGCUUCAUGCUCAAGUGACAUUUCAGCCGACCUAACCGAUGCCUUUCGAAGUAUGAUACUGAACAAGCGUUUCGUCUUGUGGGAUGAUUUUGAAAGCGCCUUAAAAGAGUUCCAAAAAACUACUUAUACUCGUUACGUCCACACAGAAAGCAGAUUGCUGAAGGAUGUCAGGUUCAAAAACCUGUUUGUAUCGUUUAAUUGUACGUUUGGUCAUAAGAGGAAAUCGGAAGGUUUGAAAGUGAGGCAAAAAUCGUCUAAAUUCCGUAAUUGUCGAUCUAAAUUUCGUGUAAGACUAGAGGAGCAAGGAUAUGUCAUCAAAUCCUACAACAUGCUCCACAAUCAUCCAUGUAGUAGUUCAUGGAUGGUAUGUGAUCCAUUGACAAGGAGAUUAUCGUCAGAAGAAAAAGAGAACUUGAAGCCCGUAAUACUUCACUGUGAGUCAGCAGAUGAAGUUAUCGAAGAUCAAGUGAUAGCCGCAAGAUCUUAUAAAUAUAAUGCUCCACAGCGUCUUACACCCCUGCUAAACAUUUUGACCCCAUUCGCUAGAUCUAAAUUGUUAUACGAACUUAAACAAAUGCGUUUUGUCUACGUGGAAUAUGAAAGCGGUGAUUGGUUGUUUAUGGUUGAUCGCGGACAACAUUAUGAAGUUGAUAUAAGCAUUUGUCAAUGCAAUUGUAGCACGUUUAUGAUGUGCCGAUAUCCCUGCCGUCACAUGCUACUUGCCUACGUUAAAAGACGAAAUCUUACAGCUCAUCAACUUCUUAGGUAUUGUAGCAGAUUUAAGUUACAUAAUACCCAGAACUUCCAAAAUUAUACAUUAACUGCAUUAACACGACGGAGUGAAGUGUAUAUAAGUAUUCAACGAAGUCAAAGAAUCCAUAAGCAACGCAUCAUUGAGAAGUAUGGUGAACGUUUCGCAACGGAAGUUGAGAAGAAGGUGGACAAUUAUUACUUAAGAAUUCUUAAUACCAACUUGUAAACUUGAUUUUCUGCUUUAGCAGCAAUGAUUAUUCAAUAAACUGUCAUAAUUUU